AGGUUGUUAAGGUGUUUGUGACUCCUGACGUUUGCCACUAUGCAGCCUGGAGGAGCACACAAAGGUAGGCUGUGGGUUAUAAUUUAUUUUUCAUUCAUUCAUUCAUUCAUUCAUUCAUUCAUUCAUUCAUUCAUUCAUUCAUUCAUUCAUUCAUUCAUCCUGUCAUUCGUACAUCCUGUCAUCCUGCCAUUAAUUCAUUAAUUAAUUCAUUCAUCCUGUCAUUCAUUCAUUCAUUCAUUCAUUCAUUCAUUCAUUCAUUCAUUCAUUCAUUCAUUAAUGUAUUAAUUUAUUCAUUCUCUCAUCCUCAUGUAGCUGUGUGUGGCCAGAGCCUGCUGUCCGUCUCUCUAAGGGUGUAUCUGAACAACAAGAACAGACUGCAGCCCAUCAUCGGUCAGGAACAACUGUGUGUGUAUAUGUGUGUGUUUAUCUGUGAUACACGUAUGGGUAUUUGACCAAUGUGUCUACUUUGACCUGUGUGUGCCUGUGUGUGUGUGUGUGUGUGUGUGUUUCAGGUUUGAGCUGCGUGACAGAGUGUGUGAUGCUCGGCGGGGACUCUGAGGCGGUGUACCUGUGUGAGGUGUGUGUGUGUAGUCUCAGUAAAGUGGACGUCAGGAGCCACAUCAUGGGGAGUCUCCACAGAUACAACUACAUAGUAAGGACGUUUCUGGAUCUGUGCUGUUCACUCACAAGCUACUUUAGGGUCCUGAUGUGUUACUGUAAUACCUGGACAGUUUAACGCGCACAUCUCUUUACGCUAUCACUGACCUACAGCUAGCCUAACACAGCUUUGCAACGGUCAUAUUUAAGAUGACAAAAUAUUUAAUUUAGAGUGAUCAACACCAUGUUUAGCAUAUUUGGACUUUCUGUAAUCCACAUCAUUUCCGGGGUUCUACUUGUGACGCUCAAGGUGGGGGUUGAAGGUCACAAGACUUUUUAUGGAUUAUUCUCAGACUGGAGGUACAAGGACUGAGGACACACUGAUUAUUCACUGCUGUAUUGAUGACACUGUGUGAUUCUGUAGUAGCUGACAGCCACUGCCUUUUGUUUUGACUCCCUACAAGCCUCUCAGGCUGGUGUUUACAGAACAUUUGGUUGUAUCUGAUUAGGAUAUUAAGGGCCUGUCUCCAAGAGGCUGGUGUUUACAGAACAUUUGGUCAUGUCUGAUUAGGAUAUUAAGGGCCUGUCUCCAAGAUGCUGGUGUUUACAGAACAUUAAGGGCCUGUCUCCAAGAUGCUGGUGUUUACAGAACAUUUGGUCGUGUCUGAUUAGGAUAUUAAGGGCCUGUCUCCAAGAGGCUGGUGUUUACAGAACAUUUGGUCAUGUCUGAUUAGGAUAUUAAGGGCCUGUCUCCAAGAAGCUGGUGUUUACAGAACAUUUGGUAGUGUCUGAUUAGGAUAUUAAGGGCCUGUCUCCAAGAUGCUGGUGUUUACAGAACAUUUGGUCAUGUCUGAUUAGGAUAUUAAGGGCCUGUCUCCAAGAGGCUGGUGUUUACAGAACAUUUGGUCAUGUCUGAUUAGGAUAUUAAGGGCCUGUCUCCAAGAGGCUGGCGUUUACAGAACAUUUGGUCGUGUCUGAUUAGGAUAUUAAGGGCCUGUCUCCAAGAGGCUGGCGUUUACAGAACAUUUGGUCGUGUCUGAUUAGGAUAUUAAGGGCCUGUCUCCAAGAGGCUGGUGUUUACAGAACAUUUGGUCAUGUCUGAUUAGGAUAUUAAGGGCCUGUCUCCAAGAGGCUGGCGUUUACAGAACAUUUGGUUGUGUCUGAUUAGUAUAUUAAGGGCCUGUCUCCAAGAGGCUGGUGUUUACAGAACAUUUGGUCAUGUCUGAUUAGGAUAUUAAGGGCCUGUCUCCAAGAUGCUGGUGUUUACAGAACAUUUGGUUGUGUCUGAUUAGUAUAUUAAGGGCCUGUCUCCAAGAUGCUGGUGUUUACAGAACAUUUGGUCGUGUCUGAUUAGGAUAUUAAGGGCCUGUCUCCAAGAGGAUGGUGUUUACAGAACAUUUGGUCAUGUCUGAUUAGGAUAUUAAGGGCCUGUCUCCAAGAUGCUGGUGUUUACAGAACAUUAAGGGCCUGUCUCCAAGAUGCUGGUGUUUACAGAACAUUUGGUCGUGUCUGAGUAGGAUAUUAAGGGCCUGUCUCCAAGAGGCUGGUGUUUACAGAACAUUUGGUCAUGUCUGAUUAGGAUAUUAAGGGCCUGUCUCCAAGAGGCUGGCGUUUACAGAACAUUUGGUUGUGUCUGAUUAGUAUAUUAAGGGCCUAUCUCCAAGAGGCUGGUGUUUACAGAACAUUUGGUCAUGUCUGAUUAGGAUAUUAAGGGCCUGUCUCCAAGAAGCUGGUGUUUACAGAACAUUUGGUUGUGUCUGAUUAGUAUAUUAAGGGCCUGUCUCCAAGAUGCUGGUGUUUACAGAACAUUUGGUCGUGUCUGAUUAGGAUAUUAUGGGCCUGUCUCCAAGAGGCUGGUGUUUACAGAACAUUUGGUCAUGUUUGAUUAGGAUAUUAAGGGCCUGUCUCCAAGAUGCUGGUGUUUACAGAACAUUAAGGGCCUGUCUCCAAGAUACUGGUGUUUACAGAACAUUUGGUCGUGUCUGAUUAGGAUAUUAAGGGCCUGUCUCCAAGAGGCUGGUGUUUACAGAACAUUUGGUCGUGUCUGAUUAGGAUAUUAAGGGCCUGUCUCCAAGAUGCUGGUGUUUACAUGUCUGAUUAGGAUAUUAAGGGCCUGUCUCCAAGAUGUUCUCUGCUCCUGUGCUGGUUGGUGUCUCCCUGUUGCAACUUGUAAUAAACCGGAUUGAUUUAUGAUUGACUUUAUCUGAAACUGCUCUUCUCUUCUGUUCACCUGGAUAUUCCAAUUAAAAGCUGCACCUUCAGCGCUAACGCGCCUGUGUGUGUGUGUGUGUGUGUUUCCUCUCUCCCUUGGCUGUGGUUGGAUAGAAAGUCCAUCACUCUCACUUUGUGUCAGAGUGGAAGCCGAGUCCUGACCUGUCCAUGCUGGCCCGGCCUCUUAUGGAGAUGGCUCAAAUACUGGAGAAGAGAGAAGGAACCGGGGACAUACAGGUGUGUGUGUGUGUGUGGUGUGUGUGUGUGCGCAGGACAGGUGUGUGUGCGUGCUAAUCUCCUGUCUUUCUGUUAGGUGCUGGAGUUGGAUGCUGCCAUGUAUGAGAAGAUGACGUCACACAGUGAGAGUGAUGGUCGGCCUACAUCCCCUCUUCUUCGUUCAUCCAUCUGUUUAUUACCAGUCUGCCUCACUCACUCUAUCCUCCCCUCUUCCCCCUCCCACCUUCCCUCUGUCUUCAUCUCCUUCAUCUCUCCCUCUCCCCCCUCUCUCUCUCCCUCUCCCCCCCUUCUCUCCCUCUCCCCCCCUUCUCCCCUCCCUCUCCCCCCUCUCUCUCCCUCUCCCCCCUCCUCUCCCUCCCCCUCUCUCUCCCUCUCUCCCCCCCCCCCUCCCCUCUCCCCUCUCCCCCCCUCCUCCCCCCCUCUCUCCUCUCCCCCUCCCUCCUCCCCCCCCUUCUCUCCCUCUCCCCCCUCUCCCCCCUCUCCCCCCCCUCUCUCCCCCCCCUUCCCCUCCCCCCCCCCUUCCCCUCUCCCCCCCUCUCUCCCCCCCCCCCUCUCCCCUCCCCUCUCCCCGGCCCCCCCCUCCCCCCCCUUUUUCCUCUCCCUCUCCCCUCCUCCCCUCCCCCCCGCCCCUCUCCCCCCCCCCCUCCCUUUUCCCCCCCCCCCCUCUCUCCCCCCCCCUUCCCCCCCCUCUCUCCUCCCCCCCCUUCUCUCCCUCCUCCCCCCCUCUCUCCCCCCCCCCCUCCCCCUCCCCCCCCUCUCCCCCUCUCCCGGCCCCCCCCUCUCCCCCUCUCCCCCUCUCCCCUCCCCCCCCUCUCCCUCUCCCCCCCCUUCCCCCCCUCUCCCUCUCCCCCCUCUCGCCCCCCCCCUCCUCUCCCUCUCCUCCUCAUCCCCCCCCCCCCUCUCUCCUCUCCCCCUCCCCCCUCUCUCUCCCUCUCCCCCCCCCCCCCUCUCUCCCGUCUCUCCCCCCUCUCCUCUCCCUCUCCCCCCCCUCCUCUCCCCCUCUCCCCUCUCUCUCCCUCUCCCCCCCCCGUCCCCUCCUCUCCCCUCCCCUCUCACCCCCCCCCGCCCCCCCCCUUCUCUCCCUCUCCCCCCCCCCCCCCCCUUCCUCCCUCUCCGCCUCUUCUAUCAUCUAUCUAUUUUACCUCCUCCAGCUCUCAUCCUCUUGCAUGCCAUCAGGACUGAGCGGGAGCAGAGAUAUCUCCAGAGCCAAUCAGAGAAGCCAUCAGUCCAGUCGGAGUAUCUCACCAUCCAAUCACAGAGAACCACUAUAUCACCUCGGAGGCUCUAUGUCCAACCUGAGAAGCCUGUAGUCCAGAUUGAUAACCGAACCGUCCUAUGGAAGAGUCCGACUGCCCAGAGUCGGAACUCAUCUGGCCAAUCAGAGAAGUCCCCUAUGUUGCGGCGGAGUGUCUCUGUCCAAUCACAACUCAGCUUGGGGGAGGAGGCGGGGUUUCUCCAUGAAACCAAGUCCCUGAUUGGUGAGUGUAUGUGUGCCUCAUAGGAUGAUACGCCAACUUUGCUAUGGUGGUUAAAGUCUGGUUUGGGCACCACCGUGUGGGAAAUACCUAUUUGACAGUUGGCUAAAUUCAUUUUUUUAUGUUACUUACUUCUAUUUCUGAAUCAUCCCCUGCUACACAUUUCUACUCAGGUUGCUGUUGUUUGUGGGUGUGGGUCCUUUAGAAGAGAACUGGCCAUUACAUUUCUCAUCUGUUAAUCUCACGCUCUACUGCCAUUUAUCAUUCUUCUCUGUGAGUGUCCUCUCUCUUUCGCUCCCUCUCCCACUUUGUCGCGUUCCCUCUCUCUUUGUCCCCUCCUCUCUUUCUCUCUCUCUCCUCUCUCACUAAAGGUGCUUCACUAAAGCGUCCUGCGUCAACAUUACCAUGGCAGCAUGACCCCUCUCUUUCCCCGACCCCUGAUUAUGUCACAGAUGGAGGUCAGACGUUACUGGGUGGUUCUGAGGGGGCGGGACUACAGGGGGUUCCUGCGAAGCUGAUUUGCUGUGAGCCGGUGUUCAAGGUGAUUCUGUCUAUGACUGACGGCCCCCUGCUGCUGGAGAGGAACUCAUUCAGCCUGGAAACCUCCCCCUCACACUCCUCACCCCUUCACUCCCCCACCAUAGAUGCCUCACCCCAGCCCCAUCCCACACCCUCGCAUUCGCUUGGUCAGCUGGGAAACACAGUCGCAGUAAGAUUCGGAAACACACACACCGUUGAAUACAUACACACCGCGGGAUACACACACACUACGACUGCUGCGAGACUGGACCCAGCCAUACCUGAUCAGCAGCUAACUACGAGAGACGAGGACACACACACUGACGGUCUGUCUCUGGGAGAAGAACAGAGGUUCACUGACCAUGGUCUGUACCCCAGCAGAGAGGACACACACACUGACGGUCUGUCUCUGGGAGAAGAACAGAGGUUCGCUGACCAUGGUCUGUACCCCAGCAGAGAGGACACACACACUGACGGUCUGUCUCUGGGAGAAGAACAGAGGUUCGCUGACCAUGGUCUGUACCCCAGCAGAGAGGACACACACACUGACGGUCUGUCUCUGGGAGAAGAACAGAGGUUCGCUGACCAUGGUCUGUACCCCGGCAGAGAGGAAAACACAACUGACGGUCUGUACUUGGUCAGAAAGGAAAACAGUACUUUCCGUCUCUACUCGGUCAAAGAACAAAACACAACUGCCAUGGUGCACCUGAGGAGAGAGCAGGACAGAACUGACCGUCUGUAUUCAGAGAAUGAACGACUCACUGACACCAAGUUCUGUGUCCGAGCGGGGCAGGACAACAGACCGGGCACUACUGACUCUGGUCUAGCCUGUGCCAGAGACAUCAUGAUCACCGACACAGCAUCUGUUGCCGAACCGAGUCUCUUCACUACUGGCAGUCUCUCCAUCUGCAAGGAAGAGGAGGAGUGCUUGACCAACACUCCUCUAAUGGACGAAAAACAGGAGGAGGAGAGGAGGAAUGUCUGUCGUUCUGCUGGGGGACAGAGGCUUGCAGAGGAUGACAGGACAACUGACAGUGGGUAUUCCACAGGAACCAGGUCUACUGACAGAAUGUACCAUACAAGAGAAAGAUCAACUGACAGAAUGUACCAAACAACAGAAGCGACAACUGACCGUGGGUGUGCUACAGGGCAGAGGACAACUGACCGUCUGUAUGCUACAGGAGAGGGGCUAACUGACUGUCAGUUGAUGGAGGAAGAGGAGCAGUGCAGAGCUGAAAUUCAGAAAGGAGUUGGAGGGGGAGAAAUGGGGGUCAUGGUGGAGGGGGAGAAAUGGGGAGGAAAGCAGAGAGAGAGGGAGGGAAACUCUGGCUUUCACCAUCAACAGUAUUUGCAAGGCCAGCCUCCACAACGGCACCAGGCGCAGGGGUUUACAGGAGCUCAGGUUGACACAGCAGCUCUCAGACAUGACAUAGCCCUUCAUAGGGAUCAGGCAGGGCCAGUCCUUCACAGAGGAGACAUGAGCAGUCGUAUGUGUGACAUAGAACCCAUGCAGGAGGUGCAGUUGUGUGAGGCAGAGUUCAGAGGAGCAUGGACCUACAGAGGCACACAGCUGACCCUUGACACCUAUAGAACAGGUCCGGAGGGGUACGAGACACACCCUGGUCCUUACCCAGAGGGCCACAGAAUGAACUGUGACCCCUACCAAGUUGUCUCUGAUGGGAUCAGAAGCAACCCUGGCCCACACCGCCUUCACUCUAACCCUAGCGGGUUCAAACCCCAGCCCCUCCCGUACCCUCGCCAUCAACUCACCCAGGAGAUUGCACCCCAUCCUUACCUUGAUCCCUUCCCCAGGAUCAUGGGGGGCGUGCAGCCACAGGAGCUCCCCAGCCCCCCAUGUGUGGUGGUGUCUAGCUCUAGACCCUGCCACCCUCAUCCUUUCUCUCCAGGUCAUGGAGAGCUCCUGUCCCCCCGACACGGCUCAGUCAUCCUCCCCAGCCCUCCCUGUCAAAGAGUAGGUUACUGGGUCCACAUCCCUGCCUGGGGUCCCUGGGAAGCUCCAGGACCAGGACCUCCCUGGGUC